GAUCACACCGAUUGUACACAACAUGUGUAUCAUCAGUAUCAGUAAUGCUACGUACAAUAUAUUUGCAGCUGUACACCGGCGAUAUGGUUUAGUAUAUAUUUAGAGUUUGCAAGCAUCGGUUGGUAGACACUUUAGACCUAUUUCAUCAGGUACCUUUUUCGACAGUGUGUGUUGUGAAAUAAAAAAGUUAUUGUAGUGACCGGGGUUAUUUGAAUUAUCGUUUGUUGGUUAAGAAAGAUUGAAAUAAUAACGCGGAGGCACAAAUAUGGCUUGCGACUGUGAUUACGUGUUUGGAAAACACGAUGUUACUGAAGAGCAUUACAGCAAUUGUAGCUCGUUGCUCAAUGGACGGGAGAGCAAAAGGAACGCCGAUGGCACCCUAAAUUUGCCGAACAAAAACCUGUCGAAGAUGGAUGUUGAUUUCCUCUACCAUUUGUCGAUCGACACUGCGAAUUUCGACUUGCCCGCCAUGUUUGGAGAUGUGAAGUUCGUCGUCAUGGGAGGUACCAAGCAUCGGAUGAGAGAGUUCGCGUGCUACAUAGCAAACAUCCUAGGAUUGCCUCAAGACCCGAAACCGGUGAACUUAACCAAAGCCUCGCAGAGAUACGCCAUGUACAAAGUCGGUCCGGUGCUGUCGGUUAACCAUUUCAUCGGCAUUCCCUCGAUGACAACAGUCCUCCAGGAAGUGAUAAAACUGAUGUACUACGCGAAGGCUAAGGACCCUAUCUUCAUAAGACUGGGCACGAGUGGUGGGCUCGGAAUACCGCCAGGUUCCGUUGUCAUCUCAACCUUCGGCCUCAGUGGCACAUUGGAGAAGUCAUUUGAAUUGCCAGUGUUGGGUGUUAAGCGAACAUGGCCGUCGUACUUGGACAAGAGACUGUCUGAAGAACUCGUUACUGCUGCGUCGGAGUUUAAGAAGUUCAAAACUUACGCGGCGGCUUCAAUGGGAGCAGACGACUUCUAUCGAGGUCAGGGUCGCCUCGACGGGCCUCUGUGCGACUACAGUGAGGCAGACAAGAUGGAAUAUUUGAACAAGCUGACGUCACUGGGCGUGAGAAACAUUGAGAUGGAAGUGACGGCAUUCGCAGCUAUCACAAGCGAGGCGGGGGUGCGCGCGGGUGUUGCUUGCGUCACUUUCGUGGACAGGCUGGAAGGCGAUCAGGUUACUAUUCCCAAGGCGGUACUCAACGAGUGGCAGAAGCAUCCGAUGUUCAUCGUGGGAGCGUUCAUAAAGAAAUGUGUUGAAAAUCGGAACAAACAUUAAUAUAGGUAGUUCAAUGUUUUGAUUAUAUACACGCCUAGCAAUCGCAUAACUGCACGGAAGCGGCGAAAAGUAUAUCUACUACAUAGGGUUAAGCUCGUCGCUUCACACGCACACAUUGACUGCUUUCCAACGAUAUGAAAUACCCUAGAUACAACACAUGCUCUUAAAAUGCCAAUCAAGAAGUGCUUGAACACCACUCAAGCACUUCUUGGUUCACAGUCAGGCGCGGAUCGUCGAAAAGUCAAGUUGCCGCAGAGCUCCGUGAAAAAAUGCGAAUAAAUAUUAAUAGUAUGUGAAGUAUUGUUUUUUCGACAGGUAUCUAAUCAAUGUUUGUUAAUUUACGCAUAUGAAGCAAAUGUUGUUCUAAUACUUACUAUAAACUGAUUUAAUACAAAAUAUUUGUGAUAUUCAAAUGCAUGGUCGGUAAUAUUGCUAACAGCGCAUUCAGAAUUGCGCGUAGAAUCAAAGAAAUAAGGUCUAUAUUCUUCCACAUAUAGCAAUAAGUCGUAAAAUUUUACGAGCUUGCAUUUCGAACUGUCAUAACUCUUUGACGCAUGCGUUUUAACUAAGACCUUAUCCAGUAUACGUUAAAGGUGACUUUCUAUGUUCAAAUAUUGCCUUACGUUGUUUUUGACUAUGCGAUCAUCUUACGGAGCUUCAUGGAUCGUCCUAGGUAUCUUUUGGACAGGUUUCGGGCACGAUUUUGUUCGUGUUGGUGUAUCUAGGGAAUUUUAAGAUUGUUGCUGCUUUCCAACAAUCAGACAUUAGAGUCACGCACACAUUGCGCGUAACAUGAGCCGUUAAUUAGAUUGCUCUAACUAGGCGUGUAUAUAAUUAAAGGUUAAAUGAAUGGACGUUAUAAAUUGACAGAAGGUUUCGUAUUGAUCUCUUAACGUCGUCAAUCCAUACUGUUACUUAAUUUUGACAUUAUAUUUUUUCACAAGUAAGGGUAUAUUUAUUAUUAUUUACUAGUGGCCCGCCCUCGCUUCGCUUCGGUGUAGAGCUGUAGUGUAAACUAUAGUUUUUGUUCUCAGGCUUGUGCUAUAAACAAUGACUUUAUUUAUAUAAUUACACGUGUUAUUGUGAGUCAACCAUAAAAGAUAGACAUAUGCUGUUGCGGGAUAUUUUUUAGACAAUUUUAUGUAGAAUAUUUCCGUCAUACAUGAUUUCUAUGUAACUUUAACCAUUAAGGCUGCACACGCGACGGAAGCUAAAAAAAUGGAGUAACUUCUCCCGUUUUUCCAACAUUUCCCUUCACUACUCUGCUGCUAUUGAUUGUAGCGUGAUGAAAAGUAUACUAUAACCUACCCAGGAGUAUGAAGAAUAAUUGUACCAAGUUUCGUUAAAAUCUGUCGAGUAGUUUUUGUUUCUAUAAGGAACAUACACACAGACAGACAGACAAAAAUUUUACUGAUUGCAUUUUUGGCAUCAGUAUCGAUCACUAAUCACCCCCUGAUAGUUAUUUUGAAAAUAUAUUUCAUGUACAGAAUUGACCUCUCUACAGAUUUAUUAUAAGUAUAGAUGAUAUAUUUUUUUUAUGUAAUUAAAUGAAAUCUAUUUUAAAAUUAGUAUUUUUAUUAAAAUAUUUUUUUACUAAACACGAGCAAUAGUUCAAACGGCUUUCAUAGUAAAAUUGUUUUUAAAAUUAUGUUUUAACAUUUACAUUUUAAGUUUGCCUCGAAGGCAAACUAAAAAAUAAAUUUUAUGUUUUUUCUAGUUAAAUUUUCUUUAUGUUUAUAAAUCUAGUAGUUUGAUGCUUAAAAUUUUUAUUUGAUAUUUCAAAUUCAAGCACAAUUAACAAAACAUCUGUUCGAUAGCUUAGUAUCUUCUAUAUGUGGAUUUCUCAAUAAAAAUCGGAUAUUCAGAUUGUAGGAUAUAUUAUUCAUAUUAAAAUACAGAUCUUAUUGAAAUUAUGUGCGUACGUUGUCUAUUUUGAAUUCGAAUUGCAAGAGGGAGUGUGAAUGUAUAUAAAACUAAUAAGUGAGUGAUGAAUGUGUGAAUAGACGAUGAUGGUGGACCUCUUGCAGCUUCUCUCGUCGAAAGAUAGAUGGAGUCAACAAUAUCUUAUCUUAAAAUGCAUAAAAACUGAUGCGUUUAUCAUCUAUAUCAGCUUUCAUUAUAGAUUUUUCAUAAAGAUAAUUUGUAAUCUGACUUGCGCCGAUUCCAAAUUUAACUGAUUAGGUAUAAAUUGUAAUAAAGAAUUAAAGUAAAUAGGUAUGCAACAUUUUGUUAAUUUAAAAAACUCUAUACUUGGAAGUAAUUGAAAUCUGCCAAAAUAACAAGACGAGCAAAGCGAAGUGCAAAAGCACUACUUUUCGAAGCGUUUGAACCAUUAAAAAUAUAUUUAUAACUUGGGUUUUGGAUUAUACCAGGUGAACAAAUUCUACCCAAUUAAGCCAAUCUACUAAAGUUAGACUGGUUUUAAACUUAACGUUGUCUCUGUUUUCUUUUUAGAAAACAAAAGUCAUAGCAUCGGUUUAAGUCCAGAUUUAACUUUCGUCUACGUUUCUUUAUAAGGCGGAUUAAGUUUUAAUAGCAUAACUCUAAUACUUAAGAUUUUAUUGAUACCUAAAAACCAUGAUUUCGUUACUGACUUACCGACGAUAAUUUUUUUUAGGUAUUUUGUAAUGACCUAGAAAGCUGAAAUUUGGUAUUGGUAAGCUACUAGUAGUACACAAACUACAUCAAAAUUAUAAAACCUGUAACUUUUAUUCCAACCCCUUAACUUAAACUAAGGAAUAGAAGUUUGUAUGAGACUUGGAUGUGACUAAAUUCUUUUUGCUGCCUUAGACGUUCGAACCUAAAUAAAAGGCUCAAGUAUGGUGGGAGUAGGGUUACCAUCCGGCCGGAUUAGUUCGGACAUGUCUGGACUUUUUGACUUUGUCCGGAUCUUUAAAUUGUCUGGAUUUUAAAAAUUACAUUAAAUAUGAAUAAUAAAAGUACAUAUUGAUUUAAAUGCCAUACUAUUGUAACUAAGUGAGUAUGGUAUUUCGUGACUAAAAAGUCCGGACUUUAUUCGAAAUGUCAGGACUUUUGAAAUUCCCAAAUCGUGACCCUAGGUGGGAGUACUUCACAUGGUGCAAGGUUAGGAUCUUAUGUUAUUCUGCCGGGCUUAUGUAAAUCCCCGUUAGGGCUCUCUUACUAUAAAGACUUUUAGUAGACAAAAAACAAUCGAUAUGACGGUUUUGAUUCAGUGUUUUUGAAAAUUCAAGUAAUAUAUCAUCACUGUCAAUUCAUAAAGUACCUAGUAUGUAAAGGAGAUUGUUCAGCUUCCAUACAUGUUUGGCCUAAAGACCAAUAAUCAUGAAAAAUUGUUUCCUAGUUUCCAAAUUAUAUAUAAAUUACUGUAGAAACGAAUAUUAUUGACGGACACCCCUGAGAACUUCUAUAAACCAUAUACACUGAACAUAUUAAAAUAAUAAAAAACAAAUAAGUUAUAUAGUAAACUAAGGAAAUCAAGCCAAGUACCGAAAUUAUGGAUAAGAUUCGGGUAUAUAGAGCAUGUAGAUUAACAGAUAGUUGCCAGUUUUUAAAGUUAAUGCAUAAGAGUAACUUUUAAAAUCAGGUGUCAUUUCCGGUUAUAAUAAGGUACUCUGUGACAGAAACUCUGUGAUGAUUGUGAAUGAGCCACAGAUUACAGAGAAUUUUUAAACUCUCGUUAACCAAAGAAAGCUAAGAGUUUUAGGUUCUAUAGCCAUAUUUUAUUCAGUAACUUCAUUAUUUUUGGUAUGUUUUUAAGAUAACCAUAUUUUAGAUUUUUAGUGUAUCACACCUUAUCAUUUUAUUUAUUUAUUAAUUUAUAGUCAGGGAAGGUAGGCCCAUAGAUAGAUACCUUAAAAUCUUACAUAUUAUAUACAGAUUAUAAUGUGUUUAUGGAGGUGUUUGGCGAAAAAUGUAUGGCAAUAGACUUUAUGAUGUCGCCUACCAUCUAUAAUAAUUGUCUGAGCACAUUUGCAUCUAGUGAAAAUGAUAAUAUAGUUGUGGAUAUUAAUACCACAGUGUAAUAAAAAAAAUGAUUUAUUUUAUCGAUCUUUACAAAAUAUAUUUGUUUUCAUGUUAUAUAAACAACUUCGAUCAGUCUUUGGCUGAAUGUUGCUACACCCAUAGCCAUUAAAAAUGAUUCGUAUGUUUUCCAAACCGGUAAAAUAAAAAGUCCUUUUUAAAGGAAAUAUAUUAUACAAAGGUGUCCGUUGAAAUCUAAUGACUGUAAAUUAAAUUAUAAAUUACGCCUAGAAUUACCGUGUAUGUCAAUAUUUUUUGUGCAUUUGGGCCAAUUUGAGCAAUCUCCUUUUCAGAUUUCAUUUACAAAUCUAAAACAAACUUAACAAAAUUAAAGGGCCGACAAACACAUUUUAUUUUAAACUUUGAGGCUUAGCUCUCGAGGAUUUAUUAAAUUACCAAUUUCAAUAUUUUUAAAUUACUUGUACCUACAUACACAACAAACACACUAUCUUAUAAUUUACUCUAUAUGGCAGUUGUUUCACCGCUGGCAAGAAAGCGACUAACUAUCGGCUAUUUUCUCGCUCAAGAAACGUACAAUAGAUAUUAUACAUUCAGUGUAAACAAAAUAGAUGCAUAUAUUAAUAGAAUUUGCUCCACUAGUUUUUCGCAGAGCGACAAGAGCUAUCAAAGAUAAUACUCGUUUAGCGCUACUUGCACAGCAAUGCUCGCUUGGAAGCCUGUCGCGCAUGUGUGCAUAUUUGCUCAAGGCAGGACUAUCACAGCGAGCUAGUGGCGCGAGCAAUUGCCCGUAGUACUACCACACUCGCUUAUAGCCCGGCGAUAAAACUGUACUACACCCUCUCUCCCCGUUGAUCGUCAAUUAGUUUCUAGCUUUACUCGCUUCUCGUUUAUCGUCGACGCUGGGACAAAUGUGACAUUAGCCGCAUUAGCCGCAGAACUGAUGGCCGUUGGGGCCGGAAAGUUCUUGGGUGGAGACCACGACUCGGUAAACGUAGUGUAGGACGCCCUGAGACAAGAUGGGAUGAUGACAUUCGUAGGCUGGCUGGAGCGGGCUGGAUGAGAGUGGCAGAAAAUCGGGAAAAGUAGCGUGCAUUAAGGGAGACCUAUGUCCAGCAGUGGACGAGCAUGGGUUGAUGAUAAUGAUGGGACAAAUGCCUCUGCCACUAUCUACUAAUUGCAAUAGAUUAAACACUAAAUUAAAUUACCACCUCAUUAUAAUACAAUAUCAAUCGAAUCAGUCAACAUUAUAAUUUAAAGUAAAACUAUCAAUCAGUACAGUAUUUUUGUACUCCCUCUAUGAAUGAACUCAAUGGAAAAUUCUAAAUAAAUUGAUAUGUUUAAGUUAAGACUUCGAUUAUCAUUUGAGGAGCUGGCGAACAAAACGGUUUAAUUACAUCAAAUUAAAUUUUACAGGAGCAGUAAAAAACUGAAUGACAUAUCUACAGUGAGCUUUCGGCGUGAUUUUUUAUUUAGUAAUUUUAAUAUUAUUUUAGGCGGUUUUGAUUGACAUAAGUUGAAAUUCAAAUUCAGCUGGCUCAAAACCUCCGGGCUGUAAACAUAAAAUAUUAGAUGGUCAAAACCAUAUGUGUAAUUAUACCGUUUUGUUUGCAUUUAUUAAUUGCGAUAGUUCUUAUGAGCCCAAUCACGAACCUAUUUUUUUUGCGAGAUAAAAAGUAUUGUAUGUCUUAAUCCAGGCCAUAAACUAUAUGCGUGCCAAUUAUCAGCCAAUAGUAAUAUAUAGUUUUGGGUGAUUAAAUAACAAAAAUACAAACUACUUAUUAUUUAACAGAGAAAAAGGUUUGAUUUAGUCGUUAUUUCAAAAAUGUAAUUUGAGUAAUGUGAACUUUAAAAAUAUAUUACUCAAAAUGCCUUCUAUAUACCAAAAUAGACUUUAAUCUAUUCAACGGUUUUGGAGUUAUCACAGUAAUUGUGAUAACUCCUGAAAUAAAACUGUUAAAAUGAAUUAAAAUUAUUUUAUAAUGUUUUUACAUCUAAAAGACACAAUGAUAAGUUGUGUCAAAUACCACAUAAAAUAGCUUUGUUUGGAAAUAGUUUAUAUGGCAUUGCUCCGAUAAUAUAUAACAAGCUACCAAAAGAUAAACGACAAAUCGAUAAUGUGGUUAAAUAUAAAGUGACCUUAAAAAGUUUUUAGUAAAUAAAGCUUAUUAUACAUUAAAGGAAUAUUUAAGUGAUGUUGUAAUUUAAAUUAUUAUUUAUGUUUAUCUAUCUAUCUUCUAUCUAUCUAUACUAUAAUAAAUAUGUAGAGAUGUCAAUUCUGUACAUGAAAUAUAUUUUUAAAAUAACUAUCAGGGGGUGAUUAGUGAUCGAUACUGAUGCCAAAAAUGCAAUCAGUAAAAUUUUUGUCUGUCUGUCUGUCUGUCUGUCUGUGUGUAUGUUCCUUAUAGAAACAAAAACUACUCAACGGAUUUUAACGAAACUUGGUACAAUUAUUCUUCAUACUCCUGGGCAGGUUAUAGUAUACUUUUCAUCACGCUACAAUCAAUAGCAGCAGAGUAGUGAAGGGAAAUGUUGGAAAAACGGGAGAAGUUACUCCAUUUUUUUAGCUUCCGUCGCGUGUGCAGCCUUAAUGGUUAAAGUUACAUAGAAAUCAUGUAUGACGGAAAUAUUCUACAUAAAAUUGUCUAAAAAAUAUCCGGCAACAGCAUAUGUCUAUCUUUUAUGGUUGACUCACAAUAACACGUGUAAUUAUAUAAAUAAAGUCAUUCUUUAUAGCACAAGCCUGAGAACAAAAACUAUAGUUUACACUACAGCUCUACACCGAAGCGAAGCGAGGGCGGGUCACUAGUAAUUAAUAAGAUUCAAAUAAUCUAUUAUAUUGUUUGAAAAUGAUGAUGUGAAUUUGAUAUAGUUUUAUAUUAUGAUUAAUGACCCAUUCAUUAUUAUUAAUUAUAAUUAUAAUAUAUAAUAUAAUUGUAAUAAGUUUUUUUAUUUAUUUUACAAUUAAUUUGCACACCCCAUUGGGUAAAAAUAUAGGAUGCUCAUUAUCUCUGUACCACCAUUUGUUACCAUAUUCUGCAAAUACAGAUGAUUAUGAAUAUGAUAAUUACUUGCUAUACCUACAACGAUUUAUUAUCCCCAUUCCGUACUUUAAGUAAUAAGUUUAUCAAAAUAAUGAGUUUUCCUCAUUUCAAUUCAAAAAGGCACCAUUAUUUUACAGGGCCCAGUUUUAUAACGCGUAACUUUCAAUUUACAUCGUAACCUCAGUUCCAUUGAAGUGUGUACGAUACACCAAAAUAUGCUUUCCAUCUUGCUGAGAGAGUUUAAUUUUGCUUGUAGGUAGAGUUCCGUAGCCCUACUACGUGCGCAAAAGCUUUUUCCCUCCAAUUUCUGCUACGUCAGUCCGUAGCCGUAGCACGCAGCGAGCGGUGGUUGCUACGCGGUUUUCGAUUAAUCAUUUUGUAAAAAAAUACAGUUUCCUUUAUGAAAAACCCCGCCCGAUUAGACCGUGUUAUAUUUAGUAUAAAUUUUGAAUUUCGAUGAGUGUUUUUCAUAGAAGCCAAUGAGAUUUUUACUCGUGUAUUCGUGUGUGCCUUGGAGUGUAACUAUAAAAUAGAGAUCUCUUCUAAUCAU